GCUAGAAAAACAGACACUCCAAAGGAUUUGAUGUCCAGUUCAGCAAGCGAGCCUUGGUAUACAUUUAGUUCCGUUUUACAUUUGGCUAUUUACAACGUUGAUAUAUAAUUUUUUAAAUCAUACGCCAGUUUCACUUUUGCAAGAUCGGAGUGUUUUUGCUACCGAGGAGUCGCGUGCGGCCGGGGGGAAUCACCGCUCGUGCUUAAAGCGGAAGUGCUCAGCGCUGGAGUGUGUCCGCUGACAGACAGCAGAGGGAGAGAGAGCAAGAGAGAGAGAAAGAGAAAUGGCGCCUCAGUACUCCACUCACUGAGACAGUGUAACAAGCGGAUAGACAUAACUGACAAGAGCCGCGACGUGGAAAAAUCAUGGUGAACACCCGAAAAAGCUCCCAGCACGAGAGCUGCGGCCUCUUCAUCUCGUCCAGGACAAGAUCUUCCGCCAAGAACAACCCCAGCUCAGACGAACAGCACCAUAAGGACCCAGGAAGUGAUGUCAGCUCCAGCAGCGCCCGGCUGUCGCCCCCCUCGAAACGCACCCGCCGGCACACCACGCCCAGCUCCAGCGACACCUCGCCCAGCCCUCAGGUCAAAGGUCAAAGGGUCACGUGGAAUAUCCCCGCACACCACACCAGGUUAUCCACUGAGGCCCUGCAGAAUGGACACGGAAGCCUCUCUCGUAAGGGCCAGCGGAAGGAGGACGCCGCAGAUGGAGAGCACGCCCGGAUGAACGGGCACGUCGAGCUGAAGCGAAGCUGCCGUUCCAGAAAGAGCCGGUUCGAGCACCUCAACCAGAGCCGGCUGUUUGACCAGCUAGUGAACAGUACGGCAGAGGCGGUCCUGCAGGAGAUGGAUAACAUCAGCAGCAUCCGACAGAACCGGGAGGUGGAGCGUCUGCGCAUGUGGACCGACACCGAGCUCGAGAACAUGGACAUGUACUCACGGGUGAAGAGGAGGCGGAAGUCUCUGAGGCGGAACGCGUACGGCAUGCAGACGCACCACAAGGUGAUGAGCAAAGGAGAGGGCGAGGAAGAGGAGGGCACCGAAGAGUCUCAUGAGGAGGAGGAAGAGGAUGAUGACGAUGAAGUGGAGGAUGAUGAAGACGAUGAAGACGAAGGAGACGAGGCGGAGGAAGUGGGGGAGGAGAACGACCGGCCGUACAACCUGCGGCAGCGCAAGACUGUGCAGCGAUAUGAAGCUCCACCCAUAGAGCCUGUGAGCAGGAAGCAGAGCAAGAACUCGCUGUUUGACACACACCGGUCCCCUGCCCGGAGGAGCCACAUCAGGGUAAAGAAGCACGCCAUCCACAGCAGCGACACGACGUCUUCCUCUGACGAGGAGCGGUUUGAGCGAAGGAAAAGCAAGAGCAUGACCCGCGCGCGAAACCGGUGCUUACCCAUGAACCUGCGGCCGGAGGACCUGGCGAGUGGGGUGCUUCGGGACCGUGUGAAAGUGGGGGCCAGUUUGGCAGACGUGGACCCCAUGAACCUGGACACCUCUGUGCGGUUCGACAGCGUUGGGGGGCUGGGUACACACAUCCAGGCCCUGAAGGAGAUGGUGGUCUUUCCCCUCCUGUACCCAGAAGUCUUUGAGAAGUUUAAAAUACAGCCACCAAGAGGCUGCCUGUUCUACGGCCCCCCCGGCACAGGGAAGACGCUGGUUGCGCGAGCGCUGGCUAACGAGUGUAGCCAGGGCGACCGCAAGGUGUCCUUCUUCAUGCGGAAGGGCGCCGACUGUCUCAGCAAGUGGGUCGGCGAAUCGGAGCGGCAGCUCCGCCUCCUCUUUGAUCAGGCGUACCUGAUGAGGCCGUCCAUCAUCUUCUUCGAUGAGAUUGACGGCCUGGCGCCCGUUCGGUCCAGCAGGCAGGAUCAGAUUCACAGCUCUAUAGUCUCCACGCUGCUGGCUCUGAUGGACGGGCUGGACAGCAGGGGGGAGAUCGUGGUCAUCGGUGCUACAAACAGAAUCGACUCGAUCGACCCCGCCCUCAGGAGACCCGGCCGAUUCGACAGGGAGUUUCUCUUCAACCUGCCGGACAAGAAGGCCAGAAAGCACAUUCUGCAGAUCCACACGCGCGAGUGGAACCCCCGCCUGGCCGAGCCCUUUUUGGGGGAGCUGGCGGAGAAAUGCGUCGGUUACUGCGGCGCCGAUAUCAAAGCACUUUGCACGGAGGCGGCGCUGGUGGCGCUGCGGCGGCGCUACCCGCAGAUCUACGGAAGCAGCCGGAAGCUGCGUCUGGACGUGGAGUCCAUCGUGCUGCGGCCGCAGGACUUCCAGCACGCCAUGCGGCGCGUGCUGCCCGCCUCGCAGCGCGCCCUGCUGCCCCCCGGCCACGCCCUGGCGCCCCAGGUGCGCCCCCUGCUGGAGCGCAUGCUGGCGCAGGUGCAGGUCCGCCUGCUCAGAGUCUUCCCCCACGCAGAGCUCUCGCACGCCGACGCCCGGGACGAUGGAGACAAUCAGCUUUUGGAGGACUUGCUGUACAGUGACGAUGAGGAUAGCUCCGCCCCCUCCAUCUACGAUCACAUCCAAUCAGGGUCCCCCAAGAAACACGCCACCGACACUGCAAGCAAGCCCUUCCUGCAUUUCACACUCUCGGCGUGCCGGCAGCCCUCCUCGUUCCGGCCGCGGCUGCUGUUGGCGGGCGAGCCGGGCUCGGGGCAGAGCUCUCACCUGGCCCCCGCCGUGCUGCAUCACCUGGAGAAGUUCUGUGUGCACCGCCUGGACCUGCCCACCCUCUGCUCCACCUGCACCAGGACCCCCGAGGAGUCCUGCGCACAGGUGUUCCGGGAGGCCCGGCGGACCGUGCCCAGCGUGGUGUACCUGCCGCACAUCAGCGAGUGGUGGGAGGCGGUCAGCGACACGCUCAGGAGCACCUUCCUCACCUUACUGCAGGACCUGCCCUCCUUCACCCCCAUCCUCAUCCUCGCCACCUCCGAGACCCCCUACCUGCAGCUGCCCGAGGAGGUGAGAGGGCUCUUCAGGAGCAGGUAUGAGGAGGUGGUGAACCUGCAGAGGCCUGAUGAGGAGGACCGGCGCAGGUUCUUCAGAGAGCUCCUCCUGGUGGAGGCGGCCAGGGCUCCUCCCACCCGCAGCAGAACAGCGCGCCGGGCGCUCCUGGAGGUGCUGGCCCCGGCGGAGGACCCCGGGCCGCGGCGGCUCUCCUCGGAGGAGCGGCGGCGCCUGGAGGAGCAGGAGGAGAACACGCUGAGGGAGCUCCGCCUCUUUCUCAGGGACGUCACCAAGCGCCUCGCCACCGACAAGCGCUUCAGCAUCUUCAGCAAGCCCGUGGACAUCGAGGAGGUGUCUGAUUACCUGGAGGUCAUUAGGCAGCCCAUGGACUUGUCCACCAUGAUGACCAAAAUCGACACUCACAAGUAUCUUACUGUGAAGGACUUCCUCUCCGAUAUCGACCUCAUCUGCAGCAACGCCCUGGAGUACAACCCUGACAAAGACCCUGGAGAUAAGAUCAUCCGGCACCGCGCGUGCAGUCUGAAGGACACGGCCCACGCCAUGUUCGCCUCCGAGAUGGACGUGGAGUUCAGCCGCAUGUGCGAGGACAUCAAGGAGGCCCGGAGGAAGAGAGGUGUGGAGGCGGAGCCCCAGCAGGACCCUCCCCCACGUGCGCCAGCCCCCAGGAAAGUGGCGGGAGAGGAGGCUGCUGGGAAUGUCCAGGGGGAGGGGCCAGAGACCUCUCCCAGCAAGUGCACCAAUCACAUCAAGCGGAAGGCGCGGCGGCGGCCGUCCUGGGGGCGGGGCAUCAUCCGCAAGAAGAAGACCUACCUGAAGAAGGAGGAGGCGGAGGGGGAGGAGCUGGACGAGGGGGCGGCGACCGAGGACGCGGCGGGCCCCAGCGACACCGCGCUGACUCAGGACGAGGACUCGUCGUGUGACGCCAUGGACCCGCCCCCCGCCCAGAACGGGCCCGAGGCCAACGGCCACACCCUCUCCACCGAGGAGGAGAGCUCCAACGAGCCCCCCGGCCCCGGCCCCGCCCCUGCCCCCGCCCCGCCCAAGCAGGAAGCCCCGCCCUCGAACCCCCAGCCGCAGGACUGCAUGAACGGAGACGAAUCCCUGGACAGCCUGGACAGCGAGGCCAACCGAAAGGGGGACGGAGGGGAGGAGCCAGGCCCCGCCCCCGCCAGCCAGGAGGGCGGAGCCUCAGAGGGGGGUGACGGGGAGGAGCGGCCGGGGGAGUCGAGCGAGGGGGACCCCGAUAAAGAAGGUGUGUCCAAAGUGAAGAGGUGCAGGAAGACUCCUCCUGAGCAGGCCAAGGCAAUAACGGCUGUGGAGGAGAGGCCCGAGGACUCGCCGCCGCCCCCUCUGGUGGUGGAUCACGAGCGGUUACAGGGCCUCCUGGAGCUGGUGGUGGUGAAGACUGCGCUCUACACUGUAGACCAGCUGGAGAGACUGUUCUCCAUCCUCAGCCAGUGCAUCUACCAGCAUCGCAGAGACUACGACAAGACCCGCAUGACCGAGGAAAUGGAGCGUACGGUGCGAAAUUUGGAUACAUUCCCAUGAGGAGAGCGAGCCGCUCAGGUUGAUCCUGAUAAGAGACUCUCACAGUUCAGAAGGGAGCUCAGUCCUGCCAGCCAUACCCACCCCCCCC